ACCACGUGACUAAAGACCAAUAAGUAGGGCGGCCGACGUGGUUGUUCUUUGGGUUCAGUUGUGUGCGUCAAUAUUUGACGGACAAUCGAGGAAGCCUCUGGAUCCAGUCAGACGUUAUCUUAGCGGAUCGGAACGACCGACAACUAAAUAUGAGCAACUGACCAUUUCCGUGUACGGAUCUAUGAUCUAGAUGAGACCAUUACAAAACGUAUUUAAAGCUAGUUAAGUUCAGUCAUACACCGAGAGACUAUAAAUCUGCGGAGAAAUUGUUCUUAUUCUAUUCGAGAAGACGGAUUUAAUUAGAAUCUUGCCUAGUUUUUGUUCUACUAUAGUCUACCCGGACAGCUUUCGCCAUGGCAUCGGAACGGGACAUUUCUAAGCGCGUUGAGAGUUGUUCUGCUUUCGAAUUUCAGUUGAAAGACACGAUGAUAGCGAUUUGGAGCAAUGAAUACGAUGAAGAUCACAACAAAGAGGGUAUAAUAAAUCUUUCGACUGCACACAACGAGGCAAUCCAAGAUCUCAUCACUGAAAAGUUGAACCAGCCAGACUUCAUGACGUGGGACUCAACGAUGCUACCAUACAAUGGGCAUCGCAAUGGUAGUCUCCGCCUCCGGAAAGCCUUGUCCGAGUUCUUAUCUUGCUGCAGUGGUCAGAAAGCUCCAGAAACUCUCGAUCCGGAAAAGUUCAUAGUUCUGAAUGGAGUGACGUCUGCACUGAGUGCGAUGGCUUACGUUUUAUGUGAUAAUGGAGACACCAUUUUGACUCCUGCUCCCAUGUAUGGAGCUAUACCACGUGACCUUCUGUUCCAGUAUGGAGCGAAGACAUAUCCAGUGCAUCUUAGCAGCAAGGCAGGACCAGAUGGAAGAGAACCGUUUGAACUGACAGUUCCUCUUCUUGAGUCAGCGUUGGAAAAAGCAAAGGAGGAGGGACAUAACGUCAGAGCUCUUCUGCUGGUCAAUCCUGUCAAUCCGUAUGGAACCGUGUACACCAAACAACAAGUUUUGGAAUACCUCACAUUUUGCAAAAGGCAUGAUCUACAUUGUGUGCUUGAUGAGAUCUAUGCUGCUAGUAUCUAUGACGAGUCUGUAGAGAGUUCCAGUGUAUUCACCUUGCAUUCAGAUGAGCUACCGGACAAGACAAAGACACAUGUCAUAUGGGGAAUGGCAAAGGAUUUUGGAAUGCCAGGUUCUCCAUUCGGAGCCGUAUAUUCAUGGAAUCCUCGGGUCUUAGCUGGCCUAGGACAAUUAGUCGAUUUCUACCAGAUUCCAAGUUUCAUUCAAAUAGCUUUGGCAAAAUUACUUGAGGACAAAGAAUGGUUGAAAUCGUACCUUCCAACUCACAAUAAGAUGUUGAUGGAAUCGGCAACUAUCGUAAUGGAAACUCUGAAAGAGCUUGAUGUGCCAUUUGUGAAACCCAGUGCAGGGUUAUUCAUUUGGGCCGACUUCAGAAAGAUCAUCACGAAUGUAAGCAAACAAACCGAGAAGCAGUUUGCUUUCCACUGUCUUGACCACGGUCUCGGUCUCGCACCAGGGGCGGCCUUCUAUUACAACGAAUUCGGCUGGAUUAGACUCGUCCAUGCCCUACCGAAAUGCAAACUCAUCGAAGGAAUGAAGAGACUUAAAGCGGCAUGUGCAACAUUCCAAACGAACAACAUCACUCAUGCAAACUGAGGCAUCAGGGAAUAAUCUUCAGACAGAUCGGUGGCGUAGCGUGGAUCCAUGGGGCACUUGUGUCGUGGGGGCGAAGGCGCAUUUUUUGUGUGUGAAUGAAAUCCGAGAGAGCAAGGCGGUCGAGUUAAGUGGGGGUCACUUUCGUCAUGUUCCGUUUCCCUUCACCCUGUAACAAUGCCACUCAAUUAGAGCCGAGACGCUAUGGGAAUGACAUUUUCAAGGGAAUUUCGGAUGUGACAGGGCAAUCUUUUAUCAACCUGUCCCAUAACAAGUCAUGUACAAUAACAUUUUGACCUGUCCUUUGACGAAACAUUCAAAAUUUCCCUCCACGCUUAUAGUGUCCCCUCCCUCCCAUCCUUCUGCUACGGAGGUAGUGACAUUCAUUCCAACGGUGAAGUUUCGAACCCCGAAAUAGUAAAAAAUUCAGAAAAAUGCACAACACUUCCUCAUUAGGAAAUAUCAUAGAGUCUUAUGGAUUAAUUUUGUCAGAAUGAAGAGUUGUGGAUGUCCUUACCGUCUUUCGGUCAUUUUAGGAGACUGGCGGCCAUUCUGGACGCAUUGUAUGUAUGUGGUAUGAUUAAAUUCUUCGACUCCAAAAACAUAGGUUUAGACAGCACAACGAAAUCUCUAAGAUGGAUAUAUUGUUAUCUUGUUUUCCUUUCCUUUCUUUUCCC